CCUGCAGGUUGGAUGGAGGAUAGAAGGGGAGAUAAACUCUGGAUAAGGGGAACCACCAGGGGCAGGGGGAGGCACCAGCACCCAAUGGGAGAGAGGAAGGGUGGGGAACUCAGUGAAGGAGAGAAAACAAGUGAAGAGUCAGUGUGAGAAGGAGAGAGAGGGAAUGAACAUUCAUUGGAAAAUGGGAGAGGGUACAGGCACCCAGUGGGUAAGGAGGAGGUGGGAGUGAUUGUAGGGGAGGGAAGCAGGAUGUGGUAGGGUGGGAGUGAGAGGGUGUAGGGAUGCAGAGGAAUAUUCAGUGGGGAAGGUGCACCAGCGGAGUAGAGAGCAGUAUAAAGAAGAGAAAGAAAAUGCAGCCAGCAUCCUUCCGAACCCGAGGACAUCCCAGAUCAACGUCCAGCCAAUGAGGUUAUUUUGGAAUGUUGUCCGAAGUUAAAAUGACUUCCAAAGUGCAGGCUGACGGAGUUCGGAGUUCAACAGGCCUCGAUGGCUUGCCACCUCUCCAGAGGAGGCCAGCAGUGGAUCAUGAAGAGAAGGACUCACUGGACUCCAACUUUGUCUCACGUUUAGACUCUGGACUGGGCGCCGGGACAACUUGCUCAUCUGUGGAUGGGAAUGAUAACACGGCUGUAGGUGUGUCCUCAACUUCGGCUUUGAAUGCACCCGGAGACACUUCAGCUGGGCAAGCCUUCAGAAGACAAGUGGAAUUGGUCAAUGACAACAGUGACACUGAAACUUCAGAAGAAGGUACGGCAAGUUAUGACGAGCCUAGUCUCUGCUCGGAGGAGGAUGUGCUCAACUUCACCUUCAAGGUUUGCGAUACUGAGGGCACAGGGAGAGUUGCAGCUUCAGUGAUCAUUCAGUACCUACAGGAAAUGACAGGACAGAACACGGAUGGCAGACUGCAGGUGCUGCACAAUAUGCUUGACCCAGAGCGGAAGGACAUUGCUAUUGACCAAGGAAGCUUCCAUUUAACAAUGAGAAGAUGGAUCGCAAAUUGUACUCAGGAUGGGCCAUCAGAUGAUAAAACAUCCUCAAAUCUGAGAGAGAGUCCUCAACUUCAAUCAUCCGAUGGAGACGAGAUUUCUCAUGUGGCACCAGGUCCACUGGAGGAAGGAACGGACAGCACCAAAACAUGCUUUCAAAGCGAUUGCACUUGUGCCAAGAGAACUGGAUCCAGUGUCACCCGAGAGGCCAGUGAAUUAAUCAACAACAUUGCGGAUCUAAAAUAUGCAAAUGAGAAGUUGCGAGAACAGAACGCCAGCCUCCAAAAAGCCUUGGAGGUGUCGGACGAGACGAACUUGCAGUUGACAAAGGAACUGACAAAAGUGAAGAACCAACUGAUGAGUUCUCAAAGAACAAUUCGCAGCAUGCACUCCAUGGUGGACGAGUUGGAAGAUGCAAGGAGUGCGGGAAGAGAUGCAUGGGAGAGAGCUCAUCAACUGGGGACACAAUGCAAAGAGCUGAGGAAGGAGAACGAGGCUCUGCUUACACAGCUGUGGUCAGCAUCUGGAAAGAUCGAAAAGAUGGAGAGGGACAAACGACAGCUGAAGUAUCAGAUAGAUGAACUGCUGACCCAGAAAGCUGACCUGACUAAACAGAUUCAUGAGGCUCAAAACCUGCUGAUUUCCAAAGAUGCUUUGAUUUUUGAGGAGAACAUCAUGAUUGAAGAACUGAAGAUGUUCAAGGCAGAGAGCUGUAAGGUGAUCGAGGGAUUACGGGCUGAAUUGAAAAAAUCACAAGGGAAGAUUUGCCAAGAUUUCUUCAGCUGUAAGCUGGGUGUCUCGAAAUCCUCACCUGGACUUCCCCUGAACUGUCUGGUCUGGUCUCCAACCUCCCUCCAGGUGGAGAUACGAGAGAGUCAGAAGGUGGAGGGGUGUGAAACGCUGCCCAACCCUGUCUGUGGACUCGUGCUGCACAGGGACCAGGGAGAGAAUUUCCAGGAGAUCCUCAGUCACAUAAAGGCCAAGAGACAUGGCGCCCUGUUCCAGAGGACUGUCAACGAGUUGGUGGACCAACUGAAUGUCCACGCUGCUGCCUUCAUGACGUUGCUUCAGAAAGUGGACUCUGGACAACCGCUGAAUGUCCAGGAGCUGAGGCAGGAGCUCGAGCAGACGAUGCAAGCUGUCGUAAAGAAGCUUCACCUCUUGGCACCGGUUAAGGAGUCAUGGGACGAAUCUGUGGAGGCACUGGAAGCAGCUUGCACGCGGUGUCAGCAGGAGCAUGUCAACACCAAACACAACUUGGCCAACACGAUCCGGGAGCUGCAACUUGAGAAGGUCCUCAGGGAAGAGGCUGAGGACCAAGCAGCUGAGGCGGAACAGAGGGCAGAGGAAGCCAGGCUUGAGGCAAAGGCUGUCAGAGCCAGAUCACUUGCAGGCUGGAAGCUUGAAGAUUCCUGGGAGGAUGUGGCUGCCCUGGAAGUGGUUGGAAGUUCGCUGGAGUCCAACCAGCAACUGGCCGAGAAGGAAGAAAGGUCACAUCCUCUGGAGCUGCAGGUCUGGCAGCCGAUCGGUGAGGCUGAUGCAGACAGGUGCAAGGCCGAGGAGGAGAUGGCAGCAGCCCUGGAGGCGGCUGAAGUGAGAGCGCAGGCCUGUGAGGCCAAGGCCAGUGAGGUGUCGAGGAGGCUGGCGGAGAUGGAGCAAGUGGCGGCUGCUGCCGGAGACAAGGCGGAAGCAGAGGGAGCAAAGGCCAGGCGCCAUCUGGCAGAGGCGGAGGGACUGAAGGAGCAGCUCGAGAGGCUGAAGACGCAGGCCGAGGGGUCGCUCCUCGAGUCAACCAGCAGGACGUCUGCCUUGGAGGAGCGAGCGGCCACACUCACGCAGAUGUUGGCUGCUGCACAGCUGGAAGUCUCUUCAGCUCAGCACAGAGCGGCGCUGGCGGAGGAAGGACUGCGGGCUGCCUUGGCCAGGGCUCCGGGGGGUGACGACCAAAGGAAGAUCGCAGCAGGAAAUGCAACUGAAGCACAGCAGGCAAUGGGAUCCCAUCCCUCUGUGGGAUCCAGCACCGGAAUGCCUGUUGGGAGACUCCAGGCCUGCCCAGGCUCUGAGGACAAUGUCACAAACGGGAGAAGAGCCCAGUCACCACAGGAGGUAGUGGAUGCAGACAACGGCAACAGCACAGAUAGGAAACAGGAGACCGAUGUGCUGCCUUUAUCUCAGGCGUUUCUUGGACAGUUACAUCACCAGCGGUUCUGUACGCACAAUGGACAGAGCAAAGAUGGCAGCCCAGGGCAGUGCCCACCUCUGCUCGAAGCCCUUAAUCUAGAACAUUCCUGGAGUCGCCAGUCAUUUGGGAUCCAGAAGCACUUUAGACCAUUAUCGUUGGACCAAAAUCGAGGGGAAGAAGAGAAACCUUCACCAUCAAAGGAGGGCUUGACUGAAGGACCGGACAAACAGACCACAGACAGGAAGAACGUGGGUGGAAGCAGGACCCAGGAAGUGGAUGAGGAGCAAACCCUGAGCCCAAAGGUUGAAGCACAGUCUGCUACCACCACUUUACCAGAAGACGAAGAUUCGGCUCCAAGCUCCUCUCUGCGGCAGGUGCUGACCAACUUCACCUUGCCAGGGCUCGAGCCUUCCUGCCGUUCCACUGGCUCUCUGACCCGUGGCCCCCGCUGUGUCGUAGCCCCCAGCAUGCCCACGCUCCCCGAGGAGGAGGAAGGAUCUGAGCAUCAGGAAACAACGCAGAGUGCAAAAUCCAACGUUCCAGCUGCUGGAACCAGGAUGAAUGCGACACCAGCAAUUGUCCUACCAGAGGUCAUCGGCUCUUCGGACAGGGAGUUUGACCAAGCCACACACAUAAGAUGCCACAGCCCCGUUCAGAGAAGGUCCAGCAGGAACUCCAGGGUCUCCUUGUCUUCAGCAAGUUCACUCACCUCUGUUGACGGAGACGGCCAUGUGUACGACCUGGUGAAGGACGAGCUGCCGGAUGUGGAGAUCUCGGAUGAAGAUAAGAAGAAAAACGCUGAGCUGCUGGAGGAGGCGAGGAAGGUCAGCGAGAGGUUCCUCAGCCGCCGGUGUCGCCGCUCCAGGACCAGCCUUUCCGAUUCACCGCCAGCCCUCACACCGUCGCGGACGCCAGCCACUUCUCCCAGCCCGUCCCGCAGUAACUCUGUGACCAUGCAGCACCUCGCAGAGCCAGACGUGCCAGCAGUCAGGACGAUGGCCGUGCCUUCACUUCAGGCUGGGGAGGACGCCCCUCCAUCGCCAAUCAGGGACAAGGAAAUGAAGCUUUUGGAAGUCCCUGGGACAAGAGAACAAGAGACUCAAGUAAAAUCUGAGAAACACACCAGGAAGUUAUCUCCAGCCAGGAAGAUUAUCGAAACCAGAAAGUCUCCAGGACCGAUGGGUUCGCAGAGCACACCUUCUGGCAAGGUGGUGGAUGCAUCAGUCCAACGGAGAGACACUGCCUCCCUGGAACUCAGUGCAUGUAGCGAGUCCAAGCCUCUGGACAAGAGCCACCAUAUCACACAUAUCAAAGGGGCUGAAGGUGCUUUGGCUGGUCCUACCAAGCUGAGAGCUCCAGAAUGCAAGGCAUUUCCAGUAAGACCCUCCCAGGCCUUGGUUUCUGAUUUAGGAGCUGUAAAAACAGGCAACGAACAAGCCGCCCCUCGCUUCAGAACACCCUGCAGAGCUGAAAUCAAAUCGUUGAGCUCACAACCUCUUCUGCGAGCCAUUUCCUGGGAAUGUUUGGAGCUGGAUGGGGAGCUGAGUGCACCACCAAGCCCCCCUGUCCAGGCAGCCGAGAGCUUUGGCUUCAAUGUACUUGACACCAGUCAAUUUAAAGCCUCCAAUUGCAAGGAACUGCCCGUCCAACCAAAGCUGCAGAAGCUCACCAAACUCCGAGAGGAGAAUAAACUGAUGCGGAACCAAAACCUGGCAGGACAGAGAUUACCUGACCUCAGUGAAAUAAACGAACAGGAUAGAGGUCCGUCUCCCAUCCCGUGCCCUGCAGCCGAUGGCAGUAAUGGCAGCUCCGACAUCACACCAAGCAUUCCGGACUCUCUGCUGCGGAAGUUGAAGGUGCAGAGGUCACUGCCCAUAGGAUUACCCCCUUUGACAGAGAAGGAAAUCGAGAACACAUUCAUCCAGCUGUCCUUGGCCUUUAAGAAUGACAGCUACACUCUGGAGGCAAGGCUGGGUCUUGCAGAGAGGGAGAGGAACUUAGCUGAAGACAACACAGAGAGGGAGCUUGAAAACUUCAAAUCUGAGCUGAAGUCCUCAGCCUCGCUCUGGGUACACUCGGACCACCGCGAUGCCCAAGAGAGGCUGCUGGAGACGGUGGCUGUUCUGCAGCGUCUGGCUGUCAGGCUCUCCGGAAGGGCAGAGAUGGUGGGGGCUGUCCGACAGGAGAAGCGAAUGUCCAAGGCCACUGAGGUGAUGAUGCAGUACGUAGAGAACCUGAAGCGGAUGUACGAGAAGGAUCACGCUGAGCUCACCGAAUUCAAAAAGCUGGCCAAUCAGAACUCGAGCCGGAGUUACAGUCCGUACGGAGACGGCAGUGAUGAUGGAGUCCCAAGGACAGCUCGAUCCAUGUCACUCACUCUCGGGAAGACUGUGCCACGCAGGAGAGUUAGUGUGGCGGUGCUUCCGAAGUUUAUCAACUUUCCUGGACAGUCGCCAAACAGCUCCACAAUGCCUGCCGUUGCUUCCGUGAUGGAGUCUAAUAACAACACUGAAGCCAGCAGCUUGAGCUCUACCACCAACGCCAGCAGCUCAGACACCAUCAGCACCACCACCAGCACUGUUCCCAGCAGCUCCAGCAGGAGCAGCCUGCACCCCAGCCCGAUGCUGGCCCCCCUCGUGGAAAUGAAACAGAACAGUGAUAAGGAGCUGGAGCGGCCGGCUGCAGGAGAUGCUCAUCCGGUCAGUGUCGAGGUCACUAGCCUGGAGACCAAAGCCAAGAUUGAGGAGGAAGCAUUCAACAAAGGUUACAGGAAGGUUUGAAAAGCCCAACUCAGCCAGGACAGAAGGAGCUACGUCAGGAGCCAGAGAGUGCAGAGAGACAGGGUGAGGAGCCACUGGCAGAGCCCAACUUCACAGAUGGAAGGAAGGCCAGGAGCACUGCCCUAGAAGUGGACAAUUACUGCUCAGAAGCAGAGGAAGGACAAGCCAGCAGCCACAGGCCAUAAGUUGGAAGAGGUUGCAGAGCUAAUUGUCAGGCUGUGUCCGAAGCCAUUGAAGCAUCGCAGUGUGAUCUGGGUUGUGGCCGUGGUCGUUCUCCUGUUUGCCGUUCUCAGCAGCGUCUUCGCCUCUCUGCGCAGUGCGUGUGACCGUGCCCCGAGCACGCCCGCUACCAGGGGCUCCUGCCCCUCUGGUCAGGGCUCUCCGUGGCCCUUCUCACGACUGUGGCACAGAACCAGGCCUGACGGAGCAGCAGGACCUCGAGCACAAGUCAUUGCACCGAUUGGAGCAGCAGCGGCGUGGGUCGCCAACAGUGAGAACACAGCGGUGUGCAGAGGGACCUCUCGACAACCAUCGCCGGCCAACCCUGUGGGCCAUGCGGGAACGCAGAGCACCGAGUGUCCUAGCACCCGAGAUAUUCCAGCCAUUCAUCUAACAGGCAUUUAAUGGGUUUAUUGUUUGUCUGCGUGUUCAAGUCUCAGUAAAUACUCAG